UAAAUAGCCAUGAGAUGCUACUGGUGCAUUAAUGAGGUUGCUUAGUUGAUUUAUUGGUGUGCUUGAUACAAGUUAGUGCCCUGAUUCUGUUCUCUCAACACUGUCAUGUGAAGAGGAAUAGCUGGGCAGAAGUCACAGCUGGGGGCUCAACCAGGACCUCUUAAUUUGGAAGCCUGAGCUAACUGAUACUGAGAUCUUUUCUUUGAAGAAGAGCAUGUGUGGAUGGAGAUGAUGGCCAUCAGAUGAACUCCUGAGUGACAGGAGGAGCAGCUUUUGAGGCUCAGCAACUGCUCCAGAGAAGUUUCCUGUGUAAAACCCCAGGCUCCUGUGCAAUGUACCAGUCCAGCUUUGUGCCACGGGAAUAUUACCCAGCCAUGAUCCUACCUUCUGCCUACACCUACCCACCGCUGCGGCGUGGGAGAGCAGAAGACAUGUCCAGCUCUGUGAUGUUCCCUCCCAUCCACAUGCACAACUUCUACAGCCGACCCAUCACCUUUAUGGUGGAGCGGAACAGCUACCCUGACUAUGCAGGAGGUCAGGUGGAGUAUCACCAUCUCUAUAGUGCCUCCAAUCCCUAUAUCCAUCCAUACCACACCUGGCAGUUCCCUCCCAUGGUCCCUAUCCCUCUCUACAAUCCCUAUGCAAACUACCAUCCCUAUGCUGCCUGCCAGAGGUCAGAUCAGUAUCGAGACACGUGGCCAGAAGGCUUCACAAUGAGAGGGGAGCUUCAGUGGGGGAAGCUUGGAAAGGUGUUUGGGCCAAGGAAAGACCUCCCAGAAUUUGUGAAGGAUGAUCUCCGGAGGGUUUAUGGCACCUACCCCCGGACUAAUGUUUCUAUAUCCUAUCGGAAAGGAGAGUUCUUGGUCAAGGGAGACCCCAAGACAGAAGACCAGGAAUAUGCAGUAGAGAAAAAGGUCAUCCAGCGGGCUGUGACCCCCAGUGCCAGUGAGGCAGACGACAGCAGUGAGGACCGGAACCGUAAGAAGAAAAAGAAACUGAGACAUUGAGGUAGUUAGAUGCCCAAUGGACUGAUCUCCAGUACCCUCUUGGGAGCCAGCUGGCAGCUGUUUUUGGUGUGGCUGGCAAGUAACACAAGCAAUGGAUGCCACCAUUCCUGUUGAUUUCUUUUAAUUGCUCCCUAUUCUCCACAAUGGGUGGAUUUCCCCUUUUUGAUGCACAAUGAUCAUCCUGUGAAGAAACCACAUGAUACUUGACUGUUGGAUCAGCUCAUUGGUCCCAGUUUUGAAAUGAACAUUUGAUUUCCACUGGUUUGGUUGACUGGUCACAGCCUGGUGGGGGAUCUCCAAACUGCAGCCCUUGAUCAGAGAAGAUGUGUCUCUUCCUACUUUGUCCAGGGGAAGGGCCUGUAAGCUGGUUCUCUUCCUGGAGAGAUAAAAGCUGAAUUUCCUUCAGGCUGAGAGCUGUGCAGGUCCCAGUGGACAUGGGGGUUCUCAAACACUCUAAAGAGUAAUUGUCUGCAUGUCUUGUCACUGCUGUUUAUGACCAUAUCAUUGUGCUUUAUCACCACAGGAGGCCUGUAUGCAACACUUCUCUACACUAUGGUGUCCCCAUCCUCUUACACUUGAUAAUGUGGUGCUCAGUACUCCUGGCCACAUGUCCUUAUUGAAACUGCUGUUGAGGCCCUGCUCUGGGUCUGACUUGGCUCUGGUAGGACGUGCUGGCUCUCCAGUGAGGUUACUGGAGUUGUUGAACCACAGCACUUCCAUAGCUUGGUGGUUGUACUGGAAGAGUUGUGCUGGAAGCCUGGAGGGACUGGGUCUGACUUAAUUGCAAAUUUCUGUACCUUUUAAAUGACUAUAAACAAUAAAAAAACCCCAAA